AACUGCGCGAAACUCUUCUCAGGAAGCGCUGAAAAUGUCGCGAUUCGCUCGGAGGCGGAGCCAGUACGAGCUGACGUCAAGGGCACACAACACCUCAAAAGGCAGUCGAGGGCGGGGCAGGCAGGGGGGGACCUGCUGCUGGAGGAGCAGCGGCCCGAGCCGGGGCCAUGGCGAAGCUCCUGAGCUGCGUCCUAGGCCCUCGGCUCUACAAAAUCUACCGGGAGAGGGACUCCGAAAGGGCCCCGGCUAGCGUCCCCGAGACGCCAACGGCAGUCACUGCCCCCCAUUCCAGCUCCUGGGAUACGUACUAUCAGCCCCGUGCCCUGGAGAAACAUGCUGACAGCAUCCUGGCACUGGCUUCAGUAUUCUGGUCCAUCUCUUAUUACUCCUCUCCCUUCGCCUUCUUCUACUUGUACAGGAAAGGUUACUUGAGUUUGUCCAAAGUGGUGCCGUUUUCUCACUAUGCUGGGACAUUGCUGCUACUUCUGGCAGGUGUGGCCUGCCUCCGAGGCAUUGGCCGCUGGACCAACCCCCAAUACCGGCAGUUCAUCACCAUCUUGGAAGCAACACAUCGGAACCAGUCUUCAGAAAACAAGAGGCAGCUUGCCAACUACAACUUUGACUUCCGGAGCUGGCCAGUGGACUUCCACUGGGAAGAACCCAGCAGCCGGAAGGAGUCUCGAGGGGGCCCUUCCCGCCGAGGUGUGGCCCUGCUUCGCCCAGAGCCCCUGCACCGGGGGACAGCAGACACCCUCCUCAACCGGGUUAAGAAGCUGCCUUGUCAGAUCACCAGCUACCUGGUGGCGCACACUCUGGGGCGCCGGAUGCUGUAUCCAGGCUCUGUGUACCUGCUCCAGAAGGCCCUCAUGCCCGUGCUGCUGCAGGGCCAGGCCCGACUGGUGGAAGAGUGUAACGGGCGCCGGGCAAAGCUGCUGGCCUGUGAUGGCAAUGAGAUUGACACCAUGUUUGUGGACCGGCGGGGGACAGCUGAGCCCCAGGGACAGAAGCUGGUGAUCUGCUGUGAGGGGAAUGCUGGGUUCUAUGAGGUGGGCUGCGUCUCCACGCCCCUGGAAGCUGGAUAUUCAGUCCUGGGCUGGAAUCAUCCAGGCUUUGCUGGAAGCACGGGGGUGCCAUUCCCGCAGAAUGAGGCCAAUGCUAUGGAUGUGGUGGUCCAGUUUGCCAUCUACCGCCUGGGCUUCCAGCCCCAGGACAUCAUCAUCUAUGCCUGGUCCAUCGGCGGCUUCACUGCCACGUGGGCAGCCAUGUCCUACCCAGAUGUUAGUGCCGUGAUCCUGGAUGCCUCCUUUGAUGACCUGGUGCCCUUGGCCUUGAAGGUCAUGCCAGACAGCUGGAGGGGCCUCGUGACCAGAACUGUGAGGCAACAUCUCAAUCUAAACAACGCGGAGCAGCUGUGCAGAUACCAGGGUCCUGUACUGCUGAUCCGGAGAACCAAGGAUGAGAUCAUCACCACUACGGUUCCUGAGGACAUCAUGUCCAACCGAGGCAAUGACCUCCUGCUGAAGCUCCUGCAGCAUCGGUAUCCCCGAGUGAUGGCAGAGGAGGGUCUUCAAGUGGUGAGGCAGUGGUUGGAGGCCUCCUCACAGCUGGAAGAAGCCUCAAUUUACAGCCGAUGGGAGGUGGAAGAGGACUGGUGUCUGUCCGUCCUCCGCUCCUACCAGGCAGAACAUGGGCCUGACUUCCCCUGGAGCGUGGGGGAGGACAUGAGUGCAGAUGGACGGCGGCAGCUGGCUUUAUUUCUGGCUCGGAAGCAUCUGCACAAUUUUGAGGCCACUCACUGCACCCCACUCCCAGCCCAGAACUUCCAGAUGCCCUGGCACCUCUAGGGACCACACUGGGACUCAUUAUGGAAGAAUGGGGUGAGAGGAGACAUGAGGAAAGACCCUCUUAUUUGUGAUUCUCUGUGUUCGUGUUCAUGUUACUGUUUAUAGUUUGUGGAAAGUGAGGGAACAUCCCCCUUCUCACCACUGUUCUCUUGCACGUUUCCCCUCAUUCAUGUGGCUGUACUUAACCUUCUCCAACAUACAUCCUGCAUUACAUGAAUGGAUUAUUCCUAAUAAUUAAUAAAAAAGUAUUUUUUCUACUA